AUGUCAGGCAACCCACCAUCUACGGGUCGUGACCAGCAGGGUCAACAGUCCCCUCCGCCGUCUGUGACGCCUGGCCGCCGCAACCCUGUGAACCGAAGCUUCUCUCAGUCUAGUUGGACCGAUACCCCUUACCACAAUCAGGGCACAUCAUAUUUCCCACCGACCCCUGGCGCGGGACGCACGCCAAGUCGCUCACUCUCAGGUGCUCGGAGCCUGAGUGUCAGUAGCGAACACGAUGAAGAUGACGACGAGAACGACGAUUCGGAUGAAGACGACACCAGUGCCACGGAAAGACGUGGCAAGAGUCCAGUCUCUGCCCGCGCGGUCAGCCCCGACGAAGAGGGCGAAGACGGGGAAGGAGAACGCAGGCAGCGUUACACGGAAGAUGAUCCCGUUACAGUAAAAGAGCGACAAUCGCUCAUGAACGUUGACCAUCCUUUCGGUCUUCCUAUUUGGAAACCUGCACUAUAUAAAAAAUCUCGGACUGUCAACAGAGACGCAGAAACGGCUCUUCAUGCCACUCCAACUGCUUAUGGAGAAUUACACUUGAAUCUAGGAAACAUAGUUUGGGCUGUAUUAUUCGGAAUUUGGCUGGCAGCGAUCUGCCUUCUGGUCUCUGCUAUUCUAUUCGUGAUACCCUUCGGUGGUCGCCAAUAUGCGCCGCUAACUUAUGGUCUUGGUUGGUAUCUAUUCUGGCCGUUCGGAAAAUAUGUUGCGGGUUGCCGGGAAGAAGAUGUUGAAGAGGAUGACAACUUCAAUGCUCGUUUGUCAUCUGACGCAGAGUCUCCUCACAGCAUUAGGGUAAUAGAUGAAGUUGACGAAAAUGUGUCGGCUUCGUCUCAGUCUCGUUCGGCGACAGGCACACAGCGAAAUGCAACUUCCCACAGUGCGAAUAGCACUAAUAAAAUUGGUGGUAUCAACGAACGCACCGCAUUCGCGCUUGGUGGACCCAAAAAGUCUUAUGGUACAGUUUCUACAGGACGGUAUAUGAAGGCCACAUAUGCGAAGUCACGGCCUGGCGAUUGGUUAGGCAGGGCAGCAUUCUGGUUGUUGUUGACCUGCAUCAUUGCACCUCUCAUGCUUUUCGUCUGUCUUAUUUGUUGGUUCCUCGUCGUUACCGUUCCAAUGGCCAAACUCAAUUGGGAAUUGCUUAAACACAUGUUUCAACGCCCAGACACCAUUCGCUUCUGCGCUGCUCCGUCUACCGUAGUGGUCCCCUCCGCAGAACCCUCGACCUCCACGAAUCGAGCCGACGGUGAUGCCACUGCUCACGGCCCGACCUUUACAUUGAAAAGCGCUAGGCUGUCCGCUGGACAAGCAGCACCUUCUGGUUCGCCAUCGACAGUCUUACUCUGCACGUAUCGUGCUGUUGGAAUACGAUAUUACAAGUACACAGUCGGCGGUGUCAACAUAUUCUUUGUCAACCUGAUGGCUGUCGUAUUCUUUGCCAUUUUAGAUGGUUUUGUUCUCCUUGGUAUGAAAGACGGAUAUGAAAAGCGGGGAGAGCAUGUACCAGCGGUAUUAGAAGUACUUGCGAGCAGAGUGCUUGUGUUCCUCGUCAGUCUGGCGAGUGUCAUUCCAUUGUCUUACUUCAUAGGUAUGGCUGUCGCCUCUAUCAGUGCUCAAUCGUCCAUCGGAAUGGGUGCAGUGAUUAAUGCAACGUUCGGGUCGAUCAUCGAAAUCAUUCUGUAUGGUAUCGCUCUGACUGAGGGGAAAGGGCGUCUUGUGGAAGGAAGUAUCAUCGGCAGCUUGCUCGCAGGUGUCCUGUUGAUGCCUGGUACCAGUAUGUGCAGUGGCGCCGUGCGGAAAAAGGAGCAAAAAUUCAACGCCAAGAGUGCUGGCGUUACCAGCACCAUGCUGAUCAUGGCCAUCAUUGGCACUUUGACCCCUACUCUAUUUUACCAGACAUACGGAAACUUUGAGCUCAUUUGCGACGGCUGUCCAGGUCCAGACAAAAGAUCCUUAGUGGAAAAAGUGCCAUGGAACUGUACUCAUUGUUAUUAUGAGCAUCCCGACCCGGUUCAUGACCACUUUUACCAGACAACUGUCAAAACGCUGAUGUACUUCUGUGCUGCCAUCUUGCUUCUCUCUUAUCUUAUUGGCUUAUGGUUCUCUCUAAGAACCCAUGCAUCACAGAUUUGGCAGAACCCGCAGCCACUAAUGCACCCAUUCGAUCUACCUAUUACUCCAGGCCAGGGGAGGGCGUCCUUGUAUCAUCGUCUGACCCAAGGAGGCUUAACCUUGCCGACGCAUCGUUUGAACAGGAAAUCGAGCGAAGUCACUGUACACGACGGCCAGCAGUCACGAGCUCAAACGCCUGCCGUUCGAGAUCCGCCGUCUGGGUCUCAAUUUCCUGGUGGCUUGUCAUCCGGACCCCCUUCCCCAGGGCUCACCCGCAAAGUCUCGCAUGGACCUCAGGCUUCUCAGCAUGCAGGAGCUUAUACUCCAUUAGUGGAGAGUGUAAGCCAUGCUGUAAAGAAUUCGGGGGUGCAGACUGCGAAUUUACCUGACAAUCUGACGUCGGAUGACUUUACUCGUGCCGUUGCCGUUGCGACUGUGUCAGCACUCAGACACCAACAAGCCCUUUCACACUCCCCUGCUCGUGUACGGAAUAGUGCACUUGAUGGACAUGAAGAUGGCGGUGGACAUGGAGGACAUGAAGCACCGAGCUGGAGUCGUACCACGAGUGCUAGCAUUCUGUUAGGCUGCACGGCUUUGUAUGCUGCUAUCGCUGAAAUCCUCGUAAAACAGGUCGAUGUUAUCCUGGAGGGCUCCGGGAUUGAUGAGAAAUUCCUAGGCUUGACGCUUUUUGCCCUGGUUCCUAACACAACUGAAUUCAUGAAUGCUAUGUCAUUCGCAAUGUACGGCAACAUUGCUCUAAGUAUGGAAAUAGGUUCGGCUUAUGCACUGCAAGUUUGCUUGUUGCAAAUUCCCGCGAUGGUCGCAUUUUCAGCGUGGAAUGAUCCUCAAGGAAUGGGGUCAGUCGCGGACACUUUCACGCUAAUUUUCCCGAGAUGGGAUGUGAUAGCGAUUGUUUUAUCCAUCUUCUUGCUGACGUAUACGUACAUUGAAGCAAAGAGCAACUAUCACAGGGGAAGCACCUUGAUUCUAAGUUAUCUUGUACUUCUUGCGGGCUUCUACUUUGCGCCGCAAAGGCCUGAUCGUGUCGACCAAGGCAUGGGUAUAUUUAGCAUGAAAGAUGUUGAUUCAGCGUCAGUGCUACAACGCACCUGGCUUAUCUUCUCGUCGCUGUGGACGAGAUGA